AUGGAAUACGUCGAUAAGGUUGUCCACGCCGCGUCCGCAAUCUUCGCAGGUGACACUGGUAAUGACACGACGACUCAGCAGCAAGAACAGCGACAGCAAUCGCCGGUGAACACGCGCGAAGAGCCUCUGGCCGGGGUCCAGGGCAAGGGGACAGCUACUGACCCCUACGAUGCGGGGAACCGAGAAGAACAACCGGGUGCCCCAUUUACCCAGGAAAACACCGCAGCCAUGAGCUCGAUGAAGGACACUUCUUCUCCAUCUACAGCUACAGCUACAGCUACAGCUUCCUCUUCCGGCCCGGAGUCUCGUUCCGGUCCCACUGCAGACCCAGGGCCAGGUCAACCGGCCGUCGACGAACCCUUGGAAUCACAGCAGAGAACCGCUCCAAUCGUCGACGAUACCAUGGCAACCAGCCAGCAGGAAGACCAUCCAGCCGAGCAACAGACCGCCCCAGUCGGCACGGCGACUAGCCAGCAGGAAGACUCUCCAGCCGAGCAGCGGACCCAGGAUCCGUCUCGUGGCGAGAGCAGCCAGACGACCAAGCCUGCUUCCUCGAGCGAGACUACCACCACGGAUACUAGCGAUGCCAGUGCCGGCAGCGCAGGAAGCAACAACAGCACCAAUGGGAACCCCGAGGAAGAAGAUUCCAAUGCCAAAGUGAGCGAGGAGGCUCUCAAGGGUCCUAAGACAGGGGCGCCGAGGGAGGAAUUCGAGUUCGAGAAGAAGAUGGAGGGGAAGCCGAACGCAUACCAGAAUAAUGGCACCAAUGGAAAUGGAGGGAACGGAGGGAAUAAUAUCAAACCCAAAGAAAAAGUCAAAGAGAGUCCGCAUGAAAACCAUCAUGGCAAUAGGGCUAGCAAGACCAUCUCCAAGGUCAAGGAGAAGUUGCACCUCGGCCACAGCGCGUGA